AUGUUAAAUAAAAAUGUUUUGUUGUAUAAUUUACCAUUACCAAUGUCACUGCAGUUAAUUAUUGAUUAUGCAAAAUGGCGUUCUUGGAAACAAAUGGUUAUUUUUGAUGAUUUAUCAAGUGGAAAUGUUUCAAUGAGUUAUGCACGAGCAUUAUUAAAAUGUUUGGCUAAAGAAGGAAUUAGUAUUUCGAUUCAACCAACAACAUUACCAAAACUACCAGAAGCACUUGAAAUACGAAGACAUCGCGUCGGUGCAGUUGUAUUUAUGGAUAAAAUUAAUUUUACUUCACCAGAUAAUGUUCUAAACAUUGCAUCAACUAAACGACUUUUUGAUUAUUAUAUAUCAUGGCUAUUGAUAACAGAGAAACCUAAUGAUGCUAGUAUUGACAUGAAUUUACGAAAUUUUACAAUUGGUAUUAAUGCAGAUGUUAUAAUAGCCACAUCAUAUUUUGAUAAUUACAUGGCAAUUGAACAAACACAUGUCUAUUUAAAUAGAACUUGUUUGCCACUACAAUUAUAUGCCGAAAAAUACAAAUAUAAAAAAAGGAAAUUUGAAAUAAAUAAAAUUACAAAUAAUAUAACAAUUAAUUUGGAUUACUCAAUAAUUGAAAAUAAAACAAAAUGUUUUUAUCUUGUUCAUAUAUACAAAAUUCGUAUAAAUGAUAAUUCAAGUCUCGUUGUUGAUUCACUUGGUUCUUGGUGUCCCGGAAUUACUAUUCACAAAUUUCCGGUAAAUGUUGCACUACGUAAUAAUUUUUUUCAAUUACCAAUACUAGUUGGUAUCUUAAAUGGUACAAGUGAUGAUCAAAAUGUUGAAAGUCCAUUUUAUCAAGAAGAUCAAAAUGAAGCUGAACCAUUUGAUGAUUUUAUAAAUUUUCUUGCAAGUAGUUUAAACUCUAGUUUAGAGAUAGUAACGUAUGAAAAAGUAGGUACAUUAACAAACAAAGUAUGGAGCAAUCUUCUAGGUGACAUAUACAAUGGAGCACGUGAUUUAGGUCUUGGUUAUAUUACAGUUAAUGACGAACGUCAGCGUGAUAUGCGAUUUACUCAUCCUUUGAUUCGUUAUACACGUAAUAUUUAUGUACGACCACCAGAAUCAGGAACAAUGCGUGAUAUAUUUUUACAACCUUUUAAUAAUCGUUUAUUUUUUUGUGUUGGACUUAUGCAAUUUUUUAUAAUAACAACAAUUGGUACAAUUGAUUAUGCUGAAAAUAAUAUAUUUAAUAAUAAAUAUGAUAAUAAAAAUGGUAUUGGUGAAGCAACUCUGUGGUGUACUUCAAUUAUGUGCAUGCAGGGUUCACCUUGGAAUCCAUCAACAUUAUCUGGUAAAACUGUAUUAAUUGCAAGUCUUAUGUUUGCACUUGUAACAUACAAUGCAUAUGCUGGUUUUAUAACAUCAAUACUCUCCGUUCAAGCUGCUGGAAUUCGUAAUCUUGAAGAUUUAUUUCAAAAUAAUUAUAAAUUAGGAUACAGUGAUGUUGAUGACGAGUACAUGAGGAAUGCAAAUGACAGUGAUCUUCGUCAAUUGUAUAUUAAAGCAUUUAAUGGACGUGAAUCUGGUCUUAGUACAACAUUGGGACUUCAAAAAUCUGUCAAAGGAGGAUAUGGUUUUUUUGUUAGUGCAACACUUGCAAGACGUGCAUUGAGAAAUUCUCUUAUACAUGAAAGAUGUUCACUCAAAGAAAUCGAAAUAAAACAAACAUUUACAAUUGCCAAUAAAAUAGAAAAAAAAGCGGUUUAUUUAUUAACCCAUACACAAUAAAAAAGAAGAAACGUAUACAUUCUGAGAAUGAGUGAGAGAGGAGUCAUCACGAGAAUUGGCGAAAGGAUGCUUCCUGAUAUGCCAAAGUGUCAUGAGUAUACAACAUUUCAUACAGCAAGAAUUGCAGAUGUCUAUUCAGCAUUUAUUAUUUUAGCAGUUGGUAUGUCAUUGUCAUUGUGCUUGGGAAUGCUAGAAAGAAUAUGGUAUCAGAGAAAUUUUUUUAAAAAUAAAAUAAUAUAUUCUCUAUUACGAUGGAAAAAUAAUAAUACAAAU